AUGGAAGCUCAACAUGUAGAAAUAACACCAUUGAAGGCGGUGCGUCGCGUGGGCGACGAACUCACAGUACUGUGUAAAGUGCCCUACCGCAUCGACUCUUGUCGAAUGACUGUGGGCCCGACGUCCUACCGACUGAUACCCAACAAUCAAGGUGACGUGGUUUAUGCAGGACAAGGCUUGGAAGUGGGUGAAUGCGGUGCUCACAUCAAGCACAUAAAGGAAGAAUGGAACGGGAACAUUUCCUGCGUUCUGCCGCCGAAAUCCGGCAGCAUCGAGGUUACCGGCACCAUGCAAUUGUUGGUUGCAAGGCCACCUGGCGAUAUUCAACUGAUUACGCCGCCGCAGUCAUCUUUCAAGGAAGGCGACAUUUUUAUGGCGCAGUGCAUUGUACCUAAUGGAAGACCAGCGGCCAAGAUCACCUGGUUUUUGGACGAGGAGCAGGUGCUGGCGGGCACGCACCAGCCGAUCAUAACGUCGGAGCCGGGCAGCGACCUGCAGACCAUCAGCCAGAACGUGAGCCGCGCGCUCGUGGCCGACGACAGCGGGCGCCGCCUGCUCUGCCGCGCCGAGCACGAGAGCCUCGACAAGCCCAAGGAGGCCAGCAGGCAGCUGCUUGUGCAUUAUCCACCAAAACGUCUAGACGACAGCUCUACCAUCACGAUCUUUGGACUGAAGCUGUCAGCGGAAGGUCGUCUCAAUGUGACUGUACGAUCCAACCCAAGGCCUCAUGCCGAGUGGACAAUUGGAGACUUGAAGUUGGUCGCCCCUCAGAAAAACGAAGAUGCCUCCAUCGAAGCGCUCGAGCCUGACCAUUUGGGCGGGGGCUAUUACAACGUGACUUUGCUACUCUCCCGCGUGGCCAAGGAAGAUGUCGAUCGCACCUAUUACCUGACAGUCGCCAAUGACCUGGGACGUGAGGACUUCUCCGUCCGUCUUAGCACUAUGGACGAGCCCGCCGGUGUUGAACUGGAAACGGGAGCAAUUGUGGGGAUCGUAGUGGCUGUCUUGGUCCUACUUAUUGGUAUUUUCCUCAUCGUGUUCGCUAAAGCUACCGACAGAUGGUGUUUUGCAGGAACCAACGGAGUGCGCGAUCACACGAAGAGUUCGGGAGAAUCUAGCGACACGGAGAGUGCGGUGGGAGGACGCGAGCGAUCGCGACUUGGAGCGCUCGGCGCACGUAUGCGAGCGGCCUUACCUAGAGCGCGCGACAGAGUGCAGGCUACUGAACCGAGAACGGAAGUCGAUGAUAAGGUCCUCUCGGAAGAGAAGAAAGGCGUAGUAUACGCUGAACUACAACUUGGCGAACAAACGGCUGAAAAACCACCGCCACCUUCCACCGAGUACGCAGAAAUUGUAUACACCGAGCAAAACCAGCAGAAGGAGAGCAAAGAAUAA